AUGUGCAUCCCAAGUCUCAAAGUAUGCUUUCUAGCCUUUUUCGCUUGGGAGUAUAAGCUAACCUUUUUGUCUUCAAGACUCCUAGAUUCAACAUUUCCCAAAGACCCAGGUCGACCGCUCAACCAUCUUCGUCGAUUUGUGAAAGAAAGCUUUCUCCCAGAAACGCUCAGAAAUGCGAUAGAAAGCGAAAGACAGAAGCGAAGGAAGAAAAAUGACAACAAUAAUGAUAAUGAAGUACCCAUACCAACUAUAUUCGUCCUGAUAGCCCCUCCAGUACCAGAUUUGGCGCAGUUGAGGACUCUUCUUGCGCCUUUUGUGCCAUCUACACCUACACUCACACCCACGCCUGCACCUGCACAUGCGAAUAACAGCACGCCCUCUACCGACGAAAACAGCCCUCCAAAAGAUGAAGAGGAGGAGAGGGAAGAAGAAGAAAAUUCAAUGCCAAUCCACCACCUCACAGUCCCCCUCCAACCUCCUCUCACCCAACACCAAGCAGACCAAUGGACCAACACAUUCUGGCCAACAAACUUCAACGCCGCAUUUCCGCGCAGCAUAAUCGCUCCUCCAGUCAAGAUUCUGGACGCCACGAAGACGAAUAUCAGACCCAAAGCCGGGUAUUACCUUGGAUUAGCGUGCAAGGUAGCGCAAGAAGCAAAAUUGCUGAAGAGAGGGAGGGGUAUUGGUGUUGUCGUGGUUGAUCCUUCGCUUGCUCUUGCUAGUGUAGGGAACGGCGACGAUGAUAAGGAGGAGGUGGAGGAGGAGGAUGCAUAUGAUAAUGGCAUUGUUGCUGUUGCCGGUGAUGCGAGAUAUAUCGCACCUGGGAUCGUAACAGAUACAGCAGAAGAGAAUAGAAAACACAACCCCGAUUGCGAGGGUGGACCAGAAUUCCACGCUAUCAUGCGCGUUAUCGAAAUGGUAGCUAUGAGGCGUAGAGCUGAUAGCUCUGCUGCUGCUGCUGCUACCACAUCAACAUCAACCUCAGCAAUAACGGGGGAUGUGCACAACCCAUCCCUAUCGCCGCUCGAAACGCAUUACUUGUACCGUCCGAAUUCUUCCACUACCAUCACCAGUCCAAAUCAGAACAGAAUCCUCACCCGCUCCGCAGGCGGCUAUCUCUGUACCGAUCUUGAUAUCUAUAUUACGCACGAACCAUGUCUAUCCUGUUCCAUGGGGAUACUCCUCUCCCGGUUUCGGGCAGUGACGUUUCCGCGACGAGGACGACUUAGGUCGGGGGGGUUGGCUUCUUCUUCUCCUCCCUAUCCACUCGAGCAGGAAGAUGGGCACAGCCACGACGAAAAGAAAAAGACGACAGAGGAUAGAGAUGUGUAUUAUGGGUUGCAUUGGAGGGCGGAGUUGAAUUGGAGAGCGAUGUGUUUUGAGUUUGUGCAAGGAGAUGAGGAUGCUAGAGAUGGGGUGGAGGAAGUGGGCGAUUAUUAUGCUUGA